UCCAGUGUCAUCCAUGGGGAACAAGAGGCCCAGCACAGCUACCCCUGGGCUGUUACCCUCUCCUCCUGGCAAGGGGGCUGAGGGUUCUGAGAACAUGCUCUGGACUCUUCUGUCCUCUCUGCCUCCGAGGUCUGCACUCUCCCCAGACCACAACCCCUCUCUGUGCUAUCCUGUCUCUUGAUAGGGAACUGAGGACAACCCCUGCCACGGGCCAAGGUCGACCAAGUGCUGGGGACCUGGAGAUGAGCGAAUCUUGACCUUGAGUCCCCAGGCUAUGGGUUUGGAGAGCUCCCUGCAAGUCCCUCCCCCAGCUCUGAGGCCAGCAUGCAGCACAGACCACGUGGUCCCCAGCAACUCCAACUGGUCUCAAGGCUCCUGGGGCUCUAGCCCCGGAUCUGAACCCACUUUGCUGGGCCCUGGCUCCAACUUGCGCUUGGGCUGCCAGUGGCCAGCUCCCCCUUCUUGCUCUCCCUGCCACUGCUUGCCAGUCCCAGGUGGCUCCGGUGAUCCUGCAGUAUGCCCCCACCGCCUGCCGACCACUGAAAUGGCACAGGCGGUCAGCACAGGCCCAGCCUCCAGGAAGCCCUCACGCUGCACGGCCAAUUUCCUGCAGCCUGCCAAGGACACACGGUUAAUUGGAAAUGGCAGGUCGUGGCCACGCCCACCCAGGAAUUGAGGAACCAUUCAGGAACCAGGAGAUCGGGAUGAACUGGUAAGCCCGGAAGCUAUUUGAUGGACUUAUUUCUCAAACCCAAAACCAGGUAGCUCAGAGACUUCGCUGAUCUAAGAACAUGAGUAGAGAGAAGGAGGAGGACUUGUUCAGUAUACUCGGUAUUUAUGAUGAACCAGAGGAGAGGAGGAAUGUGCCAGAAAGCUCUGGCAUUUCCUCCCAGUCUGAGCACCAAGCGCAGUCUCAAGCAGAGGGGGCGUAUGAGAUGGCCCAGCAGUCCCCAGGUCCCUGGACAUGGCAUGGCCCCAUUUAUCAGGAGACCAGCCCUGGGACCCCACAGCAGCGGGUCCUCCAGACUCCGGACGGAUCUGAUCUCCAGGCCGGCUGGCUCUCUGAGGUGGAGCCAGAAGCAGCAGCAGAAGUGGACCCCAGCAUCCUACCAGGACCCGAGUGUGGCCAGCCUUGCCCCUCGCCACCUCCCAGUGAAGAAGUCUGGUCACUACUUAGGGCAACUCCUCCUGUUCCUGAUGAAGUGGUAGUCAGGCAGAGGGUCCCACGGAAGUCCUGGAAGGUUGGCAAGGUCCGCCACGGAAAGAAUGUCUAUGCCAUUGCUGUCAGUGGCUUGACUCACCACAUGUACACGUGUGGCCGCAGCUACAUUAAGGUGUGGGACGAGAGCGCUCUGCACGCCUUCAACAAGGCCCCACGGGCCCAGCUGGACUUCCAGGACCAUCAGAGCCGAGUCCUUGCCUGCAAGCUGCUGCCUGACGAGCAGAGCCUGAUCACCGGCGGUCUGUCACGAAGCCUGACUCUUUGGGAUCUGGCACCUACACCCCGAGUCAGGGCGCAGCUGGCCUCCACAGGCCCCGUGUGCUAUUCCCUGGCGCUCUCCUCCAACGCCCAGAUCUGCUUGGCUUGUUUCAAAGGAUUUGUCGAGAUUUGGGACUUGCAGAACCAAAUCUUGAUCAGGAGGCAUGAAGUCCCUGAAUAUGGAUCCCGAUGUGUGGACAUCGCAGGCAAUAAGUUCUGGACAGGGGGUGAAGACACCAGGCUGUAUUCCUGGGACCUGAGGAGCUACCAGAGGGUGCAGGAGUACCAUUUACAGAAGGAGAUCCUCAGCAUUACUCAUGAUCCCAGUGAGGAGUGGGUGCUAGUAGGCUUGAGAAACAGUGACACCAUAGUCCUACACACGCACCGGAGGGAGAAGUUUAAGGUCGUCUUUCACAACAAAUACAUCGUUCACCACAACCUCAAGUUUGCCUCCUGUGGGAGCUAUUUCGUGACCACGCGGGAUGAAUCGAUCUACUGCUUAGCUGUACCUUCUCUACAAAGGUUGUUUCAGGCAAAGGAGUCUGCAGAUAUCCUGUGUUGUGAUGUGUCCUCUGACAACCAGUAUCUGGUCACAGGCUCCAAGAAGAGUGCCACAGUUUACCAGCUCUUGUAUUGAAGGUUGUGUGCCAUGACCCUGCUGGCAAAGACCCAGGGGAGGUCAGCAGGCAGAACGGAUGACCACUUCGAUGCCUCAGAUCCUCUGCCUUCCCCUCGAUGGUCUGUCAUCUGUCCAUUCUCUCCCCCCGCCCCCUGAUCCUGCCCCCACACCCCGCACACUCCUAGACUGUGCUCUCAGGUUUUCAUGAGAUGGCUUAGGGGUUUUUCCUUUGUUAUUUUUCUACCACUGAUUUCUGGGUUUGGGUGGGGAA